AUGCACACAUACUUCAUAGUUUGGUAUGGCGUAUUGUUUGUUCACAAGGGCUACUAUCGCUCAGGUGUCUUCAAAUUCCGGAUGACCAUCCCCGAAAGCUAUCCGAAUCAUCCACCAUCGGUGACGUUUACCACAGACAUGUUCCACCCCUUGGUCGAUGUGCAGGGUAACCUGUCGAUCUCACAACAAUUUCCCAGUUGGCGACCUUAUCAAGAUUAUAUAUUCCAUGUGUUGCAUUACAUGAAGAAUAUAUUCAAAAAGGUGGUUCUGGAUGGCUUGGUGGAUAAACAUUGUCUGAACAAAGAAGCGUAUCGAUUAUACCGAACAGAUUUGACAGUAUUUGGCAGAUUAGCACAACAAUGCGCACAACUCUCCAUCACCGAAUCGUACCUUUUCGAUCUUGUCCCGGAUAACAACCUUAUCACAUUUUCUCCACUCAGUGAAGCCAAAUUCGACGAGCUCAAAGCGCAAAUAUUAAGUAGUAACUUGGAAUAA